CGUGACAAGUCUCCUCCGGUCUCCUUGUACUGUCGCCAUGAUGCAUGCAGCGAGAAGAGCGUGGACCGGGGUGUUUAAUGCCUCGAAAAGCGCCGUUUCAGUGUCAUCUUCAUUAAACCAGGCAAACAAAGCUGUUCCAUCAUGUUUCAUUAAUCGUCGACGCUAUGCAGCCACAGCAGAAGCAGCAGCUGCAUCAACAUCCAAAGGCCGCGUUGUGGCUGUCAUUGGUGCUGUGGUAGACGUACAGUUUGAUGAUACCUUACCUCAAAUUCUGAAUGCUUUAGAGGUCAAAGACAGACAGCCCAGACUAGUAUUAGAAGUUGCACAACAUUUAGGUGAAAAUGUUGUACGAACUAUUGCUAUGGACGGUACAGAGGGUUUGGUGCGUGGAGCACAGUGUAUUGACACAGGGUUCCCCAUCAGAAUCCCAGUGGGCAGAGGAACUCUGGGAAGAAUUAUCAACGUCAUUGGAGAACCCAUUGAUGAGAGGGGCCCAGUAAAAACUGACACUGUUUUGCCCAUCCACGCAGAAGCUCCUGCCUUCACUGAAAUGAGCGUCGAACAAGAAGUGUUGGAAACAGGAAUCAAGGUCGUAGAUCUGCUCGCUCCCUACUCCAAAGGAGGAAAGAUUGGUCUGUUUGGUGGAGCUGGAGUAGGUAAAACUGUACUGAUUAUGGAACUGAUCAACAACGUCGCCAAAGCUCACGGAGGUUACUCUGUGUUUGCUGGUGUAGGGGAGAGAACUCGUGAAGGAAAUGACUUGUACCACGAAAUGAUCACAUCUAAAGUCAUCAGUCUGACAGACGAUACCUCCAAGGUAUCACUGGUGUACGGACAGAUGAAUGAGCCCCCAGGAGCUCGUGCUCGAGUCGCCCUGACAGGUCUGACUGUGGCCGAGUAUUUCAGAGAUCAGGAGGGACAGGACGUACUGCUCUUUAUUGACAACAUUUUCCGAUUCACACAGGCAGGAUCUGAGGUAUCUGCCUUGCUGGGUCGUAUCCCAUCUGCUGUAGGAUAUCAGCCAACUCUGGCCACUGACAUGGGUAGUAUGCAGGAAAGAAUUACUACUACCAAGAAAGGAUCCAUCACAUCUGUACAGGCCAUUUAUGUGCCAGCUGAUGACUUGACAGAUCCUGCUCCUGCCACCACAUUCGCUCACUUGGACGCCACCACCGUGUUGUCCCGUGGUAUUGCUGAGUUGGGUAUUUACCCCGCUGUGGAUCCCCUAGAUUCCAAUUCCCGUAUUCUGGAUGUAAAUGUUGUAGGAGAGAGGCAUUACCGAGUAGCUCGUGGUGUCCAGAAAAUUUUACAGGAUUUCAAAUCACUACAAGAUAUCAUUGCCAUUUUGGGUAUGGAUGAAUUGUCAGAAGAGGACAAAUUGACAGUGGUCCGAGCCAGAAAGAUCCAGAAGUUCUUAUCUCAGCCUUUCCAGGUAGCAGAAGUCUUCACAGGUCAGGAGGGGAAAUACGUACCUCUCAAAGAAACCAUCACCGGAUUCGAGAGAGUAUUAAAUGGUGAAUAUGAUCACAUCCCCGAGGUAGCUUUCUACAUGGUGGGUCCCAUUGAAGAAGUAGACCAGAAAGCAGCCAGACUAGCAGAGGAACAGACCUAAGGCAGCCUUGUUGAUUCUUAAUAACUAUAGGGUGAUCUGACUUCUUAAUAUAGGGAAUAUAAUUUAUGAUUGAACAUUAGUGCUGUGAAUUGGACAACAGAGAUGUAAAAAGAUGACCAAGUGACAUAUUUUGUGAUGUAUGAAAAGUUGUAGGUCUUACAAAUCUACAAUAAACAUGUUUUGAAAAAACUGAAUAUAAA